AUGGUCUCGAAUUUCAGUGCGGUCCAUCCCGCCGCUGGCGAGGAACAGGGACAACAUGAGCCGAGAUACGUCGACUUCCCCAUUGCCCCGAAUGACGCCACCUGGGAAAAUGGAGAGCCCGUUCUCAACAAGUAUUCAACCUUCCUCACUCGCGAGCAUGAUUUUCCUGGUGCCAAGGCCAUGCUCUACGCUGCUGGUGUUCCCAACGAGGAGAUGAUGCAGCGGGCCCCCCAAGUUGGCGUUGCUUCAGUAUGGUGGGAGGGCAACCCAUGCAACAUGCAUCUCCUGGACCUGGGAAAGACAGUUAAAGAGGCCAUCAAGAAGAAGGGCUACAUCGCCUGGCAGUACAGCACGCUGGGGGUUUCUGACGGUAUUGCCCAGGGCAACGAGGGCAUGAGAUUCUCUCUGCAGUCGCGAGAGCUCAUCGCGGACAACAUCGAAACGAUCACUUGCGCACAAGCUCACGACGCCACUGUCGCCAUUCCCGGAUGCGACAAGAACAUGCCAGGCUGCGUCAUGGCAGUCGCCAGACACAACCGUCCAUCAGUAAUCGUCUACGGUGGCACUGUUGCUGGAGGCUACUGCGAGGUGUUGAAGAAGCCUAUCGACAUUGUCACUUGCUACGAAGCUCAGGGUGCUUAUCUGUUCGGUACGCUGGGUUCCUGGUCCGACGACAAGAAUGUCACGCCCGAGGAGAUUCUGUCGUCCAUUGAGAAGGGCGCCGUUCCAGGUCCCGGUGCUUGCGGUGGCAUGUACACUGCGAACAGUCUGGCCACCAUCAUCGAGACUCUUGGUCUAUCCGUCACAGGCUCGUCAAGUACUCCCGCGGCGUCCCCAACCAAGAUGAGGGAAGCGGAAAAGGUUGCCGAUGCCAUUGAGGUCUGCCUGCGCCGCAACAUUCGACCUAGGGAUAUUCUCACCAGGGAGUCUUUCGAGAACGCACUCGUCAUCACGAUGGCUUUGGGCGGAUCCACCAACUCCGUCCUGCACACCCUCGCCAUGGCUAGAGCAGCUGAAGUCCCCCUCGACCUCGAAGACUUCCAGCGCGUCUCUCGAAAGACCCCCUUUAUCGCCAAUCUGAAGCCUAGCGGCAAGUACGUCAUCGAAGACCUCUUCCACAUCGGCGGCGUUCCAUCAGUCACCAAGCUCCUCAUCGCCGGAGGCCUGCUCAACGGAAAGACUCUCACAGUCACCGGCAAGACGCUCGAGGAGAACGUCGCCGACUGGCCAUCUCUGCCCCCUCAACAGGACAUCAUCAGACCCCUAUCCAACCCCAUCAAGCCCGCCGGACAUCUUGUUGUGCUACACGGUAACAUCGCCCCCGGCGGCGCAGUGGCCAAGAUCACCGGCAAGGAGGGUCUGCGCUUCGAAGGCGAGGCGCGCUGCUUCAACAAGGAAUCCGAGCUCGUUACGGAGCUCAACGCCGGCAACAUCCCCCGCGACAGGAACAUCGUCCUCGUUGUCCGCUACGAAGGCCCUAAGGGCGGCCCUGGUAUGCCGGAACAGCUGAAGGCGUCUGCGACCUUGAUUGGUGCCAACCUCAAGAACGUCGCCCUGAUCACGGAUGGAAGGUAUUCUGGCGCUUCCCACGGAUUCAUCGUGGGACACAUUGUCCCUGAGGCGGCGGUCGGCGGACCCAUUGCUGCCAUCAAGGACGGAGACAUGAUUAGCAUCGACGCCGAGACGUGUACGAUUAGCAUGAACGUGGGCGACGAGGAUAUCAAGGAGAGACUGCGCUUGUGGAAGCCGCCCAGGCCUCCCGUGACGAGAGGCACUCUCGCCAAGUACGCGAAGCUGGUGGCUAGCGCCUCAGACGGUGCAGUCACGGACUUGUUCUAG